AUGUCUGCCUUGCGUCCUCUGUCAGAAAUUCCCACUGUGUCUCGCCUGUACAGGCUCAAGUGGCUUGUCCCAGCGAAGUCUGCCAUUGUCACUACGCCAUCGCAAGCAUUGAACAACAUCGUGUCUCACAUACGCUAUGACAUCACACGCCUGGAGGUCGACUGCAUUGUCAAUGCAGCAAACUCGUCUCUCCUCGGUGGUGGUGGUGUCGACGGCGCCAUUCAUCGCGCUGCAGGUCCUGGGCUCCUCAGUGAGUGCCGGACCCUGAAGGGCUGCGAUACAGGUGAUGCCAAGAUCACGGGCGCCUACAAUCUGCCAUGCAAGAAAGUAGUGCAUACUGUUGGCCCUGUGUACGACGUGGAGAAGGAGAAGGAGGAGGGUAGACAGGAGGUCCUGCUGCGCAGCUGCUACCGCCGCAGCCUUCAGCUCGCUGUGGAAAAUGGAAUGAAAUCGAUCGCUUUCUCGGCGAUCAGCACCGGCGUCUACGGAUACCCGAGCGACGAGGCAGCUCGUGCUGCUAUCGAUGAAGUCCGCAAGUUUCUCACCGAGGGCGACAACGUCGGCAAGCUGGAACGCGUCAUCUUCUGCAGCUUCAUGCCAAAGGACGUGAAUGCGUACCAGGAGAUUCUUCCCGAGUACUUCCCUCCCACCGAAGACGACCUCGCAGCCGCUAAUGCUGAGAACCCCACGGAGAAGAACGAGGAUGAGAUAUUCAAUCAGAGUGACAGCAGAUACACUUUGAAGAGUGAAGAUGAUUGGGAGGAAGUGUCCAGCGAGAACGGGGGGGACCUGGACGAAGAGCCUGUGGAGGUCGACAAAGCUGCCUCGGUGACAGACGUCCAGAGCAUGCAAUCGAGUAGCGUUGACUUUCACGAGCUAUCCUCCUCUGAAACCGAGCUGAAGGCAUGA